AUGCCUUUUACGUAUAUUACUGCAAUUGAACCUACAUUACAUGAUGGAAUCAUAAUUGGAGAUGGCGCAGUCGGAAUUGCAGUAUUUUCCGAAUUAUCUCGUACCAAAACCGACGUUUUAUUUCUUGUAACUGAAAAUCGAAUUGGAGGUCGAAUAAACACCAUAAAUUUCGGGGAAAGUGCCAUCGAUUUGGGAACCGAACGGGCGCAUAAAAACGCACUCAAAUUUCAGCUUUUCAGAGUCGCCGCUGACCUUGGCUUAUUAGAAGAAACUACAUAUUCGGAUAUUAUUUAUCUCUACUCCAAUCGAAAAGAAUUCCCGACAGAAUUAAUUAAUAAAUUAGAAGAAAUCGGAACGGCUAUAAAAUGGAAAAGCCAUAAAGAUUUGGAGAAAUCUUUAAAGAAUCAAAACGGGAAAAAUGUAAUAUUUUUCGCUGGUGAAGCGACUUAUCCAAUUCAUUAUGGUUCGGUCCAUGGUGCCAUUCAUACAGGGUUUAGAGAAGCAGAAAAGGGCAAAAAAUGA